AUGGUCAACCUCUCGGUCCCCAACGACUACACCUUCUCUCCGUCCGAGGCUACACCCCAUCUGACCAUCAAUCACGAUGUCGCCGCCGACUUAGACUCCACCAACGCCUUCGAGGGCCCUGAGAAGCUCCUCGAAGUCUGGUUCGCCCCUGGUCCCGAGGCCCUCCCCGCGAGUGCCCAGCCAAAUGGAUUGAAGGCCGUCUCCGCCGAUACUUGGGUUACCAUGCUUGACAUGGUCAACUGCAAGAUCCUGUCUGUCCUCGAGUCCGACUCGGUCGAUGCCUACCUGCUGUCCGAAUCCAGCUUGUUCGUCUUCCCCCACAAGCUCAUUCUGAAGACUUGCGGCACCACUACUCUGCUUUUGGGCUUGCAGAGACUGUUGCAUAUCGCCGCCGAACAUGCUGGCUUUCCCUUCCACAAUGCCAAGGACUCUACCGAUAUCAAGGCUGCCGCGACCCCGUACCGCGUCUUCUACAGCCGCAAGAACUUCUUGUUCCCGGACCGUCAGGAAGGUCCUCACCGCAGCUGGAAGUCCGAGGUCAAGUACCUGGACGACAUGUUCGAGGGUGGCAGCGCUUACAUGGUUGGCAAGAUGAACGGGGAUCACUGGUAUCUCUACAUCACCUCCCCGAACCAGACUCUGACGCCUCCUCGAACCCCGGAGGAGAAGGAAAUGCCUCUCGGGACCGCUGCCCGGAUUCCCACCGGCAGCGUUGCCAGCUUCACCAGCGGCAUAGAGGAGCACAACGACGAGACGUUGGAGAUUCUCAUGACAGAUCUCGACCCUGAGAAUGCCAAGCAGUUCUACUUGUCGGAAGCGAGUGCGGUCGCUUGUGACAAGCAUAAUCUGCAGCGUACCAAGGCAGCUCGGGACAACGCUGAGCAAAGCUUGGGCGAUCUCUCCCAGGUCCCUGAGAAGAGCUCUGAUGAUGAGCCCGACGUGUUCAGCAAUGUCUGCGAAUCCGAUCUCAUCGACGCUGAUCGGGGCAUCACCGAGGCAAUGACGACUGAGGGCCAUGCCCUAGGUACCGUCGUCUCCGAGGGCUGCGGUCUGUCCAGCGUCUACCCGACGAGCAAGUACCCUGGCGCUCGCGUUGACGCUUACCUCUUCAGCCCUUGCGGUUUCUCGGCCAACGGCGUCGUUCCUGCUGUUGAGGAUGAUGAGGAUGCCACCAAGAGCGAGAAGGGUGCCAACGCAGCCCACUACUUCACCGUCCACGUGACCCCUGAGCCCAACUGCUCGUUCGCCUCUUUUGAGACCAACGUGCCCGGAGGCCAGAGUGGCCGUACCACGGCGGAGAUCAUUGAGCACGUCGUCGAUAUCUUCAAGCCCGGCCGCUUCAGCGUCACUCUGUUUGAGGCCAAGGGCAAGAGCGCCAACCCUUAUGGCAUGGGCGACUAUGUCUCCAGGACCACUGCGGCUCAGCGUCUCGUUGACCCUGUCCGGGGCUACCGUCGCAUUGACCGUAUUGUCCACGAUUUUGAGGAUUACGAUCUCGUCUUCCGUUUCUACGAGAAGGAGGACUGGGCCGGUGACCGUGAGGCCCGCCUGGGCGAGCUAAUCUGA